ACGAGUACUACUCCAGAUAUGGACGACCAAAACACACUCGUGCUGGUCGCAUUGCUCCUUGUUUUAGGAGAAUGUGUCAAUAAUAUCGCACUUGCGAAGAUAAGUUCACACAAAUUACAAGAUAAAGAUGAAUACUUUUCAGUUUUGGACUGGAAACCGAUAUCUAAGUUGAAUCUUGAUAGAUUUAAACGAAACAUCAACAGUGCGAGUAGACAUCGGCGGAGUGGAACACCUAACGGGACUUCGAGUGACGGCAACUCCAAUACACUAAUUUCGUCAACUUUUUACAUUCCCGAUGAAACCCAUUCUCAAGCUGUUGUGUCCUGGUCAGGGAGAAACAGUAGUGUUGUGUUUUUACUGACACGAGACACACAUCUUUAUGGUUUUGUUGAAGACUCAACUCUUUGGAGGUCUGAAGAUUAUGGAACAAGUUUUACAAGGGUGAACUUUUCAUCAAGUGCUGUAGUUCAAUUUAUUUACAAAUCACCAGUAAAUAAAGAUAAGAUAAUUUUAACUGACCAAAUACAUCCGUGUCUGUAUAUCUCAGAAGAUGAGGGCAAGACAUGGGCCACGUCACAAAUCGGAUUCGAACCAGAAAAACUGUACAUGCAUCCGACCUUGGAAAACUGGGUCCUUGGGUACACAAUCAUGAUGUAUAAGUUGUACGUUUCAUCUGACCUUGGAAAAACAUGGACGGUUUUAAAGGAAGAUGUUGCGAUGCAAAUCUACUGGGCAGUAGAAGGAGAGGAUGAAAACCCAUUGACAGUACACUUUGAGUAUCAGAAUAUAAUGGAUGACAUGAACUCGGAAUAUAUGUCCUGCAUUGCCCCAACGUGUAUUGACAAUACCCCGGACAAAAGUGUUGGCACCAUCAAUUUUAUGUCUCUUAAAGUACACAACGAAUAUAUAUUUGUACAGAAAUCCACCUACACCAGCCACGACCUGUAUGUGUCCUAUAAGAGAGGGCCGUUCCGAAGGGCUUACUUCCCUUUAAAUGUCCAUCCAAAGGAUUUUGACAUCAUUGAGACGUCAGAUAACCAGGUAUUCAUAGCAGCUGAUCACAAGGAGAAUAUGGUGACUUUGUACCUCUCCGACGUUACGGGUCAGUUUUAUGUACCUUGCCUGGAGAGGGUGGUCGCUGAUGUGGAGCCGGGCUACCUCGAUGUAGACAUUUAUAAGGUUAAAGGAAUCAGAGGACGAUACAUAGCAAACCAAUACUGGACAGCAGGAAACUCCACGGUCAUAAAAACGUUUAUUUCCUAUGACAAGGGAGGUAAUUGGGUACCGAUUCAAGUACCAAAGGACCAGAAAUCUAAAUGUGUUGACCCUAAUUUCUGUAGUCUACACCUCCAUCUGACGUACAGUAAUGUAUACUACACGACGCCAAGGAUAGAGGCAGAGGAGGGCGCCCCCUGGCUGAUUUUUGCCCAUGGCUCCAUUGGAAACAGCCUAAACCCACACCAGGCCCAGCUCUAUGUCAGCAGGGAUGCUGGACUCACCUGGUCAAAGCCCCCACUGGACGGUCAAUACAGGAUGAACAUCAUUGACCAUGGUGGAGCCGUCACUGCCAUCCAGUACAGCAAUAAGGAACUCACCAACAUCGUACAUUUUUCCAGUGAUGAGGGAACUACUUGGCAGACACACAAGUUUGCAGACAAAGAAAUCUAUGUUGACGGUAUACUCAACAGUCCUGACAUUACAACACUGGUUGUAAGUGUGUUUGGACGACUUGGAGGAGAGAAGGGACGACUGAUGGUCAAGCUAGACUUUUCCCAGGUAUUGACCAGGCAGUGUACAUUGAUGGACUACCUGGAUUGGAGCCCUGGAGCAAAAAUUUCUCAGCACAAUUGCAUCAUGGGACAGGCCGUCACAUACGAGAGACGGAAUCAAUUCUCAAAAUGUUACAAUGGACCAAACUAUAUAAGAAAGAAACCAGCUUCCAUCUGUCUCUGCAGACCUUCUGAUUUUGAAUGUGACUACGGCUAUGAGAAGACUAUGACUGGAGACUGUACCCCGACGAGCUGGUACGACCACUCCAAUAUACACUGGCACUGUAAGGAAGGCGAGAUGUACAACAAAACCAGAGGGUACCGACUGAUUGCGUCGGACAAGUGUACCGGAGGCCUCUCAACAUCCAGUAUGUACCGGUCAGUCCCUACCCCAUGUCCUGUCGCUGCUCCCCGGGGGCUGAUGCUCUCAACUUCUAAAACUACUAUCGCCUUGGGAACCAAUGCCAUCUUCACCCUCACUCAGAAAUCAGGGUCAAAGUUAGGGACGACCUAUACUUGGUCAUUCAGUGAUAAUGGCCGGAGUGAAGUGGACACAGGACUAGCCAAUACCACUAGAAAGUACCACCGGUACACCAAGACUGGCUAUUUCAAUGUCACAGUGAUCGCCAUGAACACAAACGGUAGUGCUGUGUGUCGAGUUCUGAUGAGUGUAGAAGCUAAUAUCACAGCUGUACUAGCCCUAGCUCCCUGGGGAGCCGAGGUUGGACGACUGACCCAGUUUAACGUGACUCUGUGCUGUAGCAGGAACCAGACCGACUUUGGACCUACACAUUUUGUGUGGAGAUAUGGAGACGAGGAAGAAGGAUCCCAUCCUUAUCUUACCUGGAGUACAACAGUCAGUCACAGAUACAACAAAACAGGCCAGUAUAACGUCACGGUCCAAGCUGUCAACUCUGUAAGCUCUGUACUGACCACUUAUCCCAUCAAUGUCUACAACAACAUCACAAUAGUACGUCUCCAUUUCACUCCCAACAUUGACCACUUCAGCAGUGGGAGCUUCGACUGGCGGUACACCACAUCACAGCUCAUCUGUCUCAAGCUGUCCGAGUUGCUGUAUGUACAGUCCAAUAGGUUGAUGGUCUCCAUCCCUCAAAUCCACCCAACAACAGCUGAUCUCACCAUAUUGCCUAACGACCAUGGUGGUCUCUCCGUAGAACAGGUUGUGAAGGAACUUCAGCAGAAAGUCAGUUUAAGCCAGAUCCGAUUCCAGUUAAUUACAGCAGAUGAUGCUAUUGGCAUCAUUAAUGUAGAUAUCAUAAAAGGUAAUGUAACAUCGUGGGUGCCAGCCUCAUCACCAACAUUUCAGGUAUCCACAGUGUCGCAUACACAUUCCGUGGAGGUGAAGUCCACGGCCUCGGUUCCAGUUUCUGUGUAUAUAAUCGUACCACUUAUUGUGAUCGCUGUUGGAGCCUUGGUAGCUGUCCUCAUUGUGUAUAUCAAAAGAAAACACAAACAAGAUGCUCGAUAUUCUCUGAUCAUGAAUCGCCAGCAAGGAGAGACAGUAUUGGCAGUAGAUGAUGAUGACGAUGAAGAUUUUAUGGGUGGUGGAGAAAAUAUAUUUGAAAGUCCAGAUGGGGAUAAUAAUAUCAUAAUUAGUUCAGCACUACCAAGUGAAAACCAGUGGGCAGCUUUUUGGUAAGGGGGAGGUAAUCCGGUAGUCAAUACCGUCAGGUCCACAAUCCUACACUGGUGAUGAUGACGUCAGCCCGUCCUCCCAACACAGCAGACUGUUGAUGCAGGCUGUAUUUAGUGUUUACCCUAGACUUUGUACAUCCAUAUGUGUAUCUUAAUCUAUUAGCUUGCCUUUGCAAUAAUCUUUAUCCUUCCAUUAUUUUAGUUGGUGCAACAAUCACUUCUUCUAUGUAUUCCUUGAGCACUGGUGUGAUAUUUAUACAGUAAAACAUGUUAAUAACAAAUUACAAUGCUGUUGUUGUAGAAUGAUGUUCGUGAGAUGACUCCUUGCCAGGGGAGAUAAUUAUGACUUUGUUAUCAGCAGGAAUUCCCUCCUGUUUGAACUAAGUGUGUUUUGCUGUAUACAUUUGUGCAUUGCAUUCUACUUUUAUCAAACCUUUAUAUGAUAUUCAAAUCAUUGAUUGUGUUGAUCUAUCAGUAUUUUAACCAUUCUCAGACAAGAUUUACUAGUUCUAAUUUCUAAAUUUCAACCUUAUUCUUCAAACUUAAAUAUACUAGAUUUGUUUAUUUCCAAAUUAUAAUUUUUCUCAAUAUUUUUUCAAUUUAAUUCAAAUGUCUUCAUCGCAACUUUUUAAUUAAUUUCGAAUUUUAUCCUAAUUCAUAAUCAUGAUUACAAGAAGAUUAAGUAUAGUUACUGUACAUCAGUGAAACUUAUUUAUUCUCCCGUACUUAUUUCUUUAUUAUUGUUGUUAGUACAUGUAUACUGUAAAAAAUGUCUAGUACAAUGCACUAUUCAAUUUAAAGGUUACUAAUGUUCUUGAACGAUUCAAAUCCAUGCCAUAAAAUUAAUGUGGUUGAAAACAAUUUGGUGAAAGGAUUUGAAUUCAAGAACAAGGUACUGUAUUUAAAAUGCUUGAAACAAUUUAUUGAAGAAAUAUUAUUAAUGUUUCCAAAGUGAAAUUGUUCAAACAUUUCAAAUAAAUGGUAUAUGAAAUGUUAGAUAUUUAUUUCCCUGUGAAGGUAUAGAAUGGUUAUGUUUUACAUGUAUCACAGAAACCUGAGUUAUCUGAACACCUGGUUUGUCCGACAUCUCAAUGUGUUCAUACUUGAAGGACAGAAAUUUAAAUUUGAUGAUUCAAACUGUGAUAUUGUGUUCUUUUUAAACAAGUUGUAGCUAUGGUGUUUGUUACAUCUUGCUUAAAUAAAUAAAGAUUUAUUUGUAGUUAUCCUUCAAAAGUUCAUUCAAGAUUUGUUUUGCUUACUUUUCGUAGUCAUCAUUUCAUGGAAGGAGAGAUAAUAAGUGUUGUAAAGGGGAGGUAAAUGAUUGUGUUGAUUUUUUAACCAUCAGCAAAUAUGAAUUUUAUACUUACAGUAGAAAUCAUUGUCUUAAAAGACAAUAAAUUAUAUAAAGAAAUGUAAAUAUAGGUCCAUGUAACACAAUUACAAAUUUCUCUUUGAUUAUUUUUUGUUCCUGUUGAUUUGAUAAUACCCGGUUUAAGUUAACAAGAGGUUAUCUGAAAAGAGAUAUGGUCCCUUAAUUAAAGAUUAGAAUGGUUUAGACAUUAAAUAUCAAUAUUUUUCAUAUGAAAAAUGAUUGAUGUUAGAAUUUAUAUAUUUAUCUAUUUUAGAUAUUGUUAUUUGUAAUUUUGGACUCCUUUUUUGUUGUAUAUAAUUGGGCAUUUUAUGAGUUUAAUAGAAUGAAACAAAGUAUGAUUAAUAAAAUAACACAUUUAUUAUUCAAUUGGAAUGUAUAAGUGUAAACUGGAUUAUAUUAAGAAAAUUUCUUUUAUAUGAAGAUAUUUUAAUGUAAUGUAUUAUAGUAAUUGUGAUACCAGAUGAUUGCAUUUUGCAAGAUAUUAAAUAAACUUGAGUUUCUGAACCAGUAAUUUUAUACGAUGAGAAUCAUGUUAAACAGCAAACAUUGGAUGAUUGUGAUUGAUUAGGGUUUAAGUUUGGGGAAUGUAUAACAUUCAAAAUAACUAGAAAGUAAUUUUGUCAAAAUAAUUUCAUUUUUUUGGAGUUUAUUUUGUUUUAAAUCUACACAUAUUUAUCCAAUUUCUAUGAAGAAAGUUUGAUUUUAUGAUAAAAAUCAUUUUCAGCAAAAGACUCUUAAGUUCAUUUGUAGAAUUUAUUUUGAAUAAUGCAAGCCUAAAAACUUUUGUUGCAAUUAUUUUCUGUUCGUCUUCAGAAUGUUAAAGUGCUCACAAAUUAUUUCUCAUUGAUAAAUCUGUGAAUAUUGUGUAUAUAUUGUACUAAAGAAUGAUUUCUGUUUUUAUUAUGAAAAAUGAACUCCAUACAUUGCUUGUUCAAACAUUUCAUUCAUUGGAGUUAAACUCUGUUGCUCAUCAUAUCAUGGAAAUUGUUUUUGAUUUGUUUUCAGUGUAGAUUAAACUUCAGAGUGACGACCAAGUGAUAAAAACGAUACCAUAUGCCCUUUUUUGCUUUCUUAAUUAUGAUCUGUUUUUAUUAUAUUAUGUAUAUAGCUUUUGGUUUCUAUGCAAAGGAAUGCAUGCAUGUGUGUGAGAGAGGAAUGCUCAUUUCAGUGGUAGAACAGUUCAUUUUAAAACCAGGUCUACGAAACGUUGUGUAUUUUUUUCCACAGGAGUGUAUGAUAAAGGGGACAGUUGUUUGCAGUUUGACAAUGUGUCAGUCAGCUUACUCUACUGGAAUGUGAUUACCAGAUUACCUUCAAUUACCAAACUAGAAUCAACACUGCCUGAAAGAAAAAGAUAUGUACACCAAACUUCAGUUACAUAUAGACGUUAUUAUGUCAAAAUUUCCCCAUCCUAUUAAUAGUUGGUUUCUUUGGCCAGCACUUAUGGAAGAUUUAACAAAUUAUCUUUUUAGUAGAUUUUUCUAGAUUCAACUAAAAUAUUCAUAAACCCAAGGGAGGUAAUCUGGUACUGUCCAAACGGAAUUGUCUGUAUAAAUACUGGGCUUUUAUUUGUAAACAAUUACCUACAUAUAAAUAUGUAGAGGCUUCAUGGUUGUUUGUUAUUCAUAUCAAUGGUUUGAUAUGCAUAGUUGCCUUAGCAAUGUACAAAUAAGAUGGGAGAAAAGGGGAGAUAAUUAGAUGGGAAAGGACAUUGUUAGUCGUUCGAAAAGUGAUAAUGAUAGUGCUUUAAUGGAUUCUGACAACAACAUAUCAGUUUGCAGUUUUGUUGAAGCUUGCUUAAAUUUCAAAUUAUCAACUCUUAUAUCUGCCAUUAAAACUAUUUACAAAAUCUUAUUUGUAGUUUUUCAAGCUGGGUUUGAAAUGCACGAUGUUGUUGUGUGUCCAAAACAAUUAAGACUUUCUGCACUGAACUUGAUGGAAAGACAUAUGCAGCUCAUGGUGACCCCUAAACUUACAUUAUCUUGAAUUUUGAGUCACAUUUAAGCUGGGCAUUCAAUGCAGAUGGACAUAUGCGGCUCAUGGUACAGUUGUAUUGCCUAAACUUACAUUAUCUUGAAUUCUAAGUCAUAUUUAAGCUGGGCAUUCAAUGAUGGAUAGACACAUGCAGCUCAUGGUGUCCCCUAAACUAACAUUAUCUUGAAUUCUAAGUCAUAUUUAAGCUGGGCAUUUAAUGAUAUUCCAUAGACUUCAACAUUAAAUAACCUCUUAGUCAAACCUUUAACAGGGGUUCAUAGCCUUUAAGUUCCAUAGAGCAAGCUAAAUUUUGUAUAUAAAAUCAAGGAACACUUUUAGUGUUCGUCUAACUGGAAUGAAAUCCAGCUCGUUGUGUUUAAGUUGACUUCCAUUGGUAGUUUGUACUGGUAACUUCUAUGUCAGUUUGGGUUAAAGAUCUUAUUAGUUAUAAGUGUUAUAGGGAUUGUAAUAUCAGGCUUAUAGUGCUAUGACAGGACACACAUGCUUGUGAGCUUUUUCUUGUUAAGUUUGAUUGUUUUAUAUGUUUAAGGUCUGUACAGUCAAUUGUACAUUCUCUUCUCAUUAUAGCUUUGUAUUCGGCUUGUUUUGUUAAAAUGUGUGUACAUGUUUGUUUUAAGCAUUUGAAGUAAACUAAUCCAAGUCAGUUGUCAGAUAGAAAUAUUUGUUGUCAGGGUAACAAUUAACUGUAUCACAUGACUGUAGCUAAAAUUAAAAUGAUAACUUAAUUUUCUGUGAUGCUGUAAAACCUUAAUAUGCUACUAUCUUUUCACAUCAGUUUUGGCAUCACACUGUAUAAAGAAGUUUGGUGUUAUAAUGAUACAAUUCAAAUUAAAUUUUAAACAUACUUUUUAUGACAAUCUGGUUGUUGCUGGCCAAACUUUAGUGUUUGCCCAUCAGUUUUUGGCAUGAUUAAAAAGAAUUAGCAUUACACAUUUAGAGAAGAAAGUGUUACAAUUUAAAAAAAAUAAACAUAAACUUUGAAAAAUUGUUGUGAUAUAAAAUUAUAAGCAGCGUGACACAUGAAACAAAGAUCAUCAUAUUAAAGUUUACAAUGCUUUUUUACUGUAUUUUAAAAAGUUUUACUUUGGCUAGACAGGUAGAUUUGGAAACAUCAUGGAAAGGUUUUACUAAGAUAUAAUUGACCAUACUAACCUGAUGCUUAUGGAAUACUUUUGUAUUUAGCUUUAUUUACUUCUGUUUAAAUGUUUUUAUUUGUCAUUCUUUAAUUUCUGUUUGAUCUCAAGUCCGUUUUCCUUGUUUUAAAAAUGAAAUGGAAAAUAAAUUGUCCUACAAAUUCAGCAUUUUAUAAACAGAAACUCCAUCUGUGUUUCUUUUAACAUAAGAUGGAGAAAACAGUCUUAGCAACAAAUCUUUUUGAAUAGGAAGAUGUGAACAAUAUAAUCUUCAAAAGAAAAUAUACUUUAUCUGAUGUUUCUUAGACCUCCAUUAUUCACAAAUAAGACAAAAUUAAUUGAUUCUUUUUUCUUCAAAAAAUAAUUUUAUCUUCAUUACUAGGUGUAUAAAAAACAUUCUGAAUACAUGUAGGUCAAUGUACACAGGAGGAAAUAUUGACUCGCUCAGACAUGGAUAAAAACAGAUGAAUAUAGAGACGUACUGAUAACCGGAAAGACUGACCCACAGAUAGAUAAAUAUAGAGACGUACUGAUAACAGGACAGACUGACCAACAGAUGGACAAAUAUAGAGAUGUACUGAUAACAGUACAGACUGACCAACAGAUGGACGAAUAUAGAGAUGUACUGAUAACAGUACAGACUGACCAACAGAUAGACAAAUAAAGAGAUGUACUGAUAACAGGACAGACUGACCAACAGAUGGACAAAGAAAGAUAUCAGGACAGACUGACCAACAGAUUGACAAAUACAGAGAUGUACUGAUAACAGGACAGACUGACCAACAGAUGAACAAAUAUAGAGAUGUACUGAUAACAGGACAGACUGACCAACAGAUAGAUGAAUAAAUACAUAUACUAAUAAGAAUUAAAUCAAAGGAUGGAGUUUAGAAGUUUCACUGGGUAAAAAUAACCCGGUAUGUGUGUAGACAUUUCCAAGGACAGAAGACAGGCAUAUACAUGUACCAGAAUAAUAGUGAAUUGUAAUAUUGACAGUAAAAUAAAGUCUAUACAUGUCAUUAAAAUUGUGUAUAAAUUAUGUUUAUAUGCCUUUUGAUGCUGAUACAUUAGUUAUAUAUAUAUAUAUACCUGGUGUUGAAGUCAAGUGAUGGGGAUAUUUGAUUUUUAAUAAGAUCACUUGACUAACGAUGGACUAAAGAGCAUGGCUACAUGAAUGAAGACAACCAAAGACAGAUUGACAGACGGAGAAUAAGGUGGGAUGGACAGACAAAUCUAAGGUGGGAUGAAUGUACGUGCAGACAGAGACAAACAUCUGUAGAUUACUGGAUGGAUAGACAAAGACAAAAAUAAACAGGGACAGAUGAACCGACAUAUUAAUAGCUAAAAUGAAUAUGGAGGUCAUACAGCUAUUAGGUAUAGGACUUGUAUGUGGGUGUGUGGGUGUGUUUGUACUUUAGGACAGAUUAUAGUUGUAUGGUAAGAGUGUUGGUUGUGUAUCUGUUUACUUGUGUGCACUGCCCUUUGUUACUGUAUACAAAACAUUGGCAGCUUUGUACAACCUAGAAUCUCAAUAAAAACAACUCUGCAAUUCA